AUGACCUUGACUUACCACAUAUAGACAAUGUUGCCACUUCUCUAAGUCUUGCGUGCUCAUCUCUUUCUUCGAACCACUAAAUAAAGCGAAAUAUACGUGAACAAAAUUAGAGAUAUUUCAAUAGUGUUUAAUAAUUGUAAGUGAAUUACAAAAUGCGGCGAUAUAAGGCAUCAUAUGAUAAGAAACAAAGUAUAAAAUUCUCUAGAAACUUCUCUAUUAUCUAGUGACUAGAUCCUAGUUCAACACUCCUAAUUUACCUCGACAUUGUUAAAUACAUAUCUUCUUGAAUAGGGCAUGUAGGAGGUAAACAAACGUAAAUGUAAAAUAUUCGGAAGAUAAGUGAAAUACAGAUAACUUCAGAGAAUAUGACAUGUGAUUGUGAUGACGCGUAGUAAGGAGGUCAUAUUUUGUGAAUUUGAAUUGAUUUGCGACACAGCUGAGAAAAAACUUUGAAAAUGAUGAAACAAGAUUUACCAAAACAUUGGAUUGUUCUCAAUUCAAAGACACAUCCGGAGCGAGUGUACUAUUUCAAUGUUAAAACGAAUCAAUCUUCUUGGGAGGCACCAACAACCGAACGGUCCGAACAAAUCGUAAAGAAGACUAGGAGACAUAAAAAUAUGCAACCUACCACACCUGAACAUGAGGCACCUGAAAAAGAAAUUAAAGAACGAAAAAAACUUGUUGCUAAAAGAUCUCUUAAACGAUCAAUGGAAGAGACCAAUGAACAGAAAGAAACUCCACAAAUGCGAGCUAUUCGUGAGAAGAUACUUGCGAAAAAAGAAAGAGAAAACACAUCUAAAACACGAAGUCCAAAUUCUUCGAAAAAUAAUACAAAAUCAUCAAUAGCGACAAAUAAAGAAAUUCUAUUGAAUGAAAUCGAUGAAAGUUCAAAGACAGCAUGUACACCACAAAUGCAAGUGAUAUUAGAAAAAAUAAGAGAGAGGAAAUCUAAAAGUAAAUCUAAAGUGCAGAAAAUUGAUUUAAAUAAAGAUAAUAGUAAUAAAAGCCCUCAAAACCUUCCAGUUAAGCAAACUAAAGGUAAAAAAGACAAAGAGAAGAAGGACCAAAGAAGAAAAACAUGUGAUCCGAGUUUAAUUGCAAUGACAACUACGAAGAGAAAUCGAAGAUCUUUGAAGAAUAAUAUGGGAAAGGAACGUAUGGAAAAAUUAAGGAAAAGCUUAACAAUGGAAAAUAGUAUUAAUGAAAGUUCUGAUAGCGCCAUUGGUCACUCACAAAGUUCCAGUAUGGUUCACAAACAUGUUGCAAAAGAUAAAUUACCAAGCAUUUAUAAAAAUAUAGAAGUUAGACUAACACGUUUAAAGGACAAAGUUUCAAAGACUAAGGUACCAAUUAAUACAGCUUCCAAUAACGAUAAACCGAAAAUAUUGUCUGUGGAAACUGUAGCAACAGAGAAUAAUUUGGUAAAUCGAUCCAAUGAAAAUUCAAUUUACGAGGAAAUGGAAUGGGAGCCAUUAGAAGAUGAAAAAAUUACGUUUGAGGUCCAGGCUGUUAGAACACAACUUUGUACAGUAAAUAAUGCAGAUGUAUCAUGUAGUGUACCGAAUUACGGUUUAAGUUAUCCAUUAAUAUCAGAGCAGCAAGAAAAAAAACAGUUGUAUGUCGUUGUCGAUACAAACGUGUUUUUGUCAAAUAUCGACGCUAUCGAAUUAAUGAAAGAAAGUACCUUUAAGACUUUUGAUCAUCCAUUCAUCGUAAUUCCAUGGACCGUUAUACGUGAACUCGAUUAUAUUAAAAACGAUAAUGGUAAAACCAAACCAGCAUCGUUGAGUAUGAAAGCAAGGAAAGCUGUCAACUACAUUAAUAAAUUGUUUUCCUCUAAAUAUCCAUAUAUUAUUGGUCAAACGCGGGAAGAUGCCUUAAGAAAUAAAAAGAAAUACUCCAUCGAUUGCCCAGACGAUGAAAUUCUGCAAACAUGUUUGCAAAUUCGCGAAUUAGAAAAAUCUGUAGUAUUAAUGUCGUACGAUACUAAUCUUUGCAACAAAGCAAUGAUUUACGACAUAACAGCGCUUGGAAGGAACGAUCCUCUUGAGAAAGUGGAUUAUCUUAAUGCACUAAACUAUACAAACAAUUUGUCUGCCAGUUUUAAUGAAAAAAGAAAGGAUUUGAUCUUAAGUAAAGAACAGCACAUACUGAAUGAUAUAUUCGACGAGAUAAAAAAUACUGUGAAAGACUUUCUAACAGUGAUAGUCAGCAAAGAGAUGUACGAAUUAUAUGGAGGAUCUUGGGAGAAACACGUUAUUGUGGAACCACCAUGGACAGCUGUAACUGUUUUACAGUGCGCCAUCAAACAUUGGAUAGCUGCGGUCAGCGAAUCAUUUCAGAGGAAAGGAGAAGCUGUUUUAAAGGAGCUGUUGCAAAUAUUUCGAGACAGAUCCGGUGACAAAAAAUUAUCAGAAAUCGGUUACAUCCUGAAUAAAUGUACCGAAUUGAUCCAGAUGGUUAAUACAGACAAACAUGGAGAUUUGAUGUUACGUGCUUCUCGGAAGAUUGAUGAGCUGAGACAACAAUGCCGUACUUUCGAGAACCAGCUGAACUAUCAAAAGUUACAAGACGCGAUUGGGUUGGAGCGCGAUGUAACAGUACGAGAGAGAAGGGCGCAGAAAGCUUUUCAGUAUUUCGAAGCAGCAUAUACUUUCGCUCGUGAUAUAUGCGGGUUGGCAGCUGCUACGAUAGCGAUGCCGUGUAGUUUCGACUACAAUAUUCCAGACCCAACUCCAUCUGGGGACUAUAUUAAGCAGAUACAGCCGGAGCUCGCGGCAAACGUCAACCGAUUAUUACAUACUCUGAGCGCCGUACUGGAGCAAGCCAAAGAUUUCUCUACCGACUAUCGAACAUUGGAUAGCCUGCAUCAAGCAUUGGUGACGUUUCUUCCGGAAGUGUUGCCUAUAAGAAUGGAGUUACCCGACGAAGAUCUGACGCCUUUGGACAUAUUUUGUUGCGUGACGCAAAAGGAGGAGAUGCUGGCAACAGGUUUACAUCAGUUACAGGAGCUCAGCACGCAUUUCUGUAAAUUAGCAAGCUAUAAACGUACAUAAGAGUGUAUUGUAUAUAAAGUUAAUGAUGAUAUCGUUGAAGCUUAUCGUAUUUUCAAGGGGGGGGGGGGGGCGCGUUCAACCGAAAAUCAAAUACUAGUAAUUCUCCAAACAGAAUUUUGAAAAAAUAUGUUUCUAUAGUACCGUUUACAUAGAAUCAAAUUAUGUACAAAUUAAUUUUCCAACUUCUAUUUUUGAGCAACAAGAAAGUUUUAUUUUUAUUUUUUUAGUAACAAAAAAUAUAGAAAUAUAUCUUUUCAAAAUUUUAUUCGGAAAGUGACUAGUAUUUGAUUUUCAGUUGAAUGCCCCCUCCCCCUCCUAACAACAGUAUAUACAUGUAUAUGUAUGUACAUAGAUUUGUCCUUUACAUAACAUCUUUGCCACGGGUGUACAGUGUAAUUUAACCAGUGUAUAUGUAGCAGGAGGCAGAAAAAGCGGCAUACUGAAUUUAACAGUUUUUUUAUUAACAGUUCUAUAUAUUACAAGAAAUAACUUUUGUAUAAUGUGAAAAAUAAAAAUGGCCACAGCCACAGUAACAAG